AGCUCGUCGUAGACAAGCAAGAGAGCAAACUGGGAAGAUGGCAGAUCACCUUGAAGGCCUUUCCAGUGAUGAUGAGGAAACUUCAACAGAUAUUACAAACUUCAACAUGGAGCGAGACCGUAUAUUGAAAGAAUCCAGCAAAGUUUUCGAAGAUGUUUUGGAAAGCUUUUACUCAAUUGAUUGUAUUAAGUCACAGUUUGAAGCUUGGCGCUCAAAGUACUUUGCUUCUUAUAAGGAUGCUUAUAUUGGCCUCUGUUUACCAAAGCUGUUUAACCCUUUAAUCAGACUUCAGCUGCUUAUCUGGACUCCUUUGGAGGGCAAGUGUCGAGAUUUUGAGACUAUGUUGUGGUUUGAAUCAUUGCUGUUUUAUGGCUGUGAAGAACAGGAGCAAGUGAAAGAUGAUGCUGAUAUUUCACUAUUGCCUACCAUUGUAGAGAGAGUUGUUCUCCCUAAAUUAACAGUGAUUUCUGAAAAUAUAUGGGAUCCUUUUUCUACAACACAAACAUCUAGAAUGGUAGCAAUUGUACAGAAACUAGUAGAUGGAUAUCCUUCAGUGGUGAAUGCAGAAAACAAAAAUAUGCAAAUGCUUUUAAAGGCAUUGUUGCUAAGAAUGAGGAGAACACUAGAUGAUGAUGUAUUCAUGCCCUUAUAUCCAAAAAACAUCUUAGAAAACAAGAACUCUGGUCCAUAUUUGUUUUUCCAACGUCAGUUUUGGUCCUCUGUUAAGUUAUUAGGAAACUUUCUCCAGUGGUAUGGAAUCCUUUCAAACAAAACUCUCCAGGAGCUGUCAAUAGAUGGUCUGCUAAAUAGAUAUAUUCUUAUGGCUUUUCAAAACUCUGAGUAUGGAGAGGACAGCAUUAAGAAAGCUCAAAGUGUAAUUGCUUGCUUUCCUAAACAGUGGUUCGCUAGUCUAAAAGGAGACAAGACUAUUUCUCAGCUCGAAAACUUCUGUAGAUACCUUGUUCAUCUGGCCGAUACAAUUUAUAGAAACAGCAUUGGUUGCUCUGAUGUAGAGAAAAGAAAUGCGAGGGAGCACAUAAAGCAGAUCAUAAAGCUUCUAGCAAGUAUUCGAGCACUGGAUCAUGCUGUGACAGUUGCAAAUGAUCACAACGUAAAAGAGUUAAAGAUUUUAAUAGAAGGAAAAUAGACUUUUUCAACAACUCAUUUUGAGCUUUAAAACCAUUCCUGAUGUGUAAUUUAUGUACAUAUGUAAAGUUUCUUAAACUGUAAAGUAUUGAUCUUUGUUUUAAUACGAAGUGCAUUCUUAUAUACAGCAUCCUUAAAAAAAAACAAAAAACAAACAAAAAACUUCUUUGAAAACAAAAAUGGAAUCCCAAGAUUGUCAUCUUUCCACAAAUAAGAUUUUCCUUAAAGAUUCUCAAAAUCUUGUUUACAAAAAUACUUUGUAGCCAUGAUUAGUAGUCAUCUACUCCUGUUAAUUGUUCCAUGGUUAACUGGAAUGUGUAUAAUAUAUUACGUGUAAUACAAUGUGUGCAUCUAUUUAUACCACCAUGUUGCUUUCACACUGGGUAUAGAGAUCUUGUACUGUUGAAAUAAGCGUUUUUUAGCAAAUGAAAAGCUUAUUUUGACAAUAAAGUGAUCAUAUUAUUGGUCAAAAGGGCUGGCAAAACAAAUAUGUGAAAAUCAUUUGAGCUAAAGAGUAGAGAUGCUUUCAAAUGGAACCUGACCUUUAAGAAGCAGCUGUGC